AGGCUGACCCGAAGACCUGUAUCAAGGAGUUGCACAGGAGGAGGAGAUAGAAACUGGAUGCUCUCUGAAUGUGCUGCCCACAGACUUAAGGCUUCUUUGGAGACACGCGAUGACUUCCCACAAGAGAUCCUUUCUGGAGGGGUUGUGCUGAAGACUGAGCACUGCAGCCUCCAAGUGGGACAGCUCCUGCUGGUCUGGAGCUGAGACUGACUUCUCUCCCUUCCUUUUCGCUUGGAGAUGUUGCAGAGGUUUAAUCUGACCUCUUCCUCCUCACCUGAAGCCUGCCGUGGCGAUGAUCCCACAGCCAGAUCCGACCACCAAAGAGAAGAGAAUUGUGUGUUUGAAGCUGGGCCGUCGUUGUAACUGAACUGGAAUUUACUCCCUGCUUGUGCUUCUGGAACGAGUGCCGUUCCUCUCCUUGUCUGUGUGUGUUUUGAGCCGCUCCUCCCCGAUCUUGUUUGCAGUUCCUGGCCUUUCCACGCUGAAUUUGCCCAUGGCUUUCCUGAUGAAGAAGAAGAAAUUCAAGUUUCAGACAAGUUUCACUCUAGAAGAGCUGACUGCUGUCCCCUUUGUGAAUGGGGUUCUGUUCUGCAAAAUCAGGCUGCUGGAUGGAGGAGACUUUGCUAGCUUAUCUACCAGAGAGGAAGUUCAGGAAAACUGUGUCCGCUGGAAAAAGAAAUUCACCUUUGUGUGUAAAAUGAGUGCCAACCCAGCCACAGGACUCCUGGACCCCUGCAUCUGCCGAGUAUCUGUCCGUAAGGAGCUGAAGGGCGGAAAAACCUACUCAAAGCUGGGCUUUGCUGAUCUAAAUCUGGCAGAAUUUGCGGGCUCUGGAUCCACUGUCCGUUGCUGCUUGCUGGAAGGUUAUGAUACGAAGAACACCCGACAGGACAACUCCAUCCUAAAGGUCACGAUUGGAAUGUCCCUGCUCUCGGGGGACCCCUGCUUCAAAACGCCUCCUUCCACCGCCAAAUCCAUCACCAUACCGGGACAGGACUCUACCCUGCAGCUGACCUGUAAGGGCGAGGGAACCACAAGCAGCAGCAGCAGCAGCAGUUCAGCCACAAUUGGCUCUCUGCGUCAGACCAAGCCAAGAACUGCCAUUCUCAGCUCGGGUGUCCCAGAGGAACCAGAUCAGAACCUGUCCAGCCCGGAGGAAGUCUUCCACUCAGGGCACUCGCGGAACUCCAGCUACGCCAGCCAGCAGUCCAAGAUCUCUGGUUACAGCACGGAGCACUCCCGUUCCUCUAGUAUGUCUGACUUGACCCAUCGCCGCAAUACCUCCACCAGCAGCAGUGCGUCUGGAGGGCUGAGUAUGACGGUGGAGUGUCCUGAGGGAGAGCGGGACCACAAACUAGAGAAGCCGCCUCGCCCCCCGAGACCAGCCCUUCUGCUGGAUAGACCCUCCCGGAGGAAAAAGGAUUCAGUGGAGAGUCACCCAACCCGAGUGGAUGACACCAGGAUCGAUGCUGAUGAUAUAGUGGAGAAAAUAAUGCAGAGUCAGGACUUCACAGAUGUCAGCAAUACUGAAGACAGUAACCUGAGGUUGUUUGUGAGCAGAGACGGAACAACUACACUGAGUGGUAUUCAGCUGGGAAACAGGGUCUCAUCUGGAGUUUACGAGCCAGUGGUGAUUGAAACCCACUAAAUGUGAAGAACAGGGUAGAGCUGCUGGAAACAGGUCCCCUACCCGGUCCGCUGCCACAUGGAUGCCAACCUUUACCUCUCUUCAUGCAGCAUUCCAGAAGGGAUUUCUUCACGCCCCUCCCCGUACAUUUGCACUGCAGAACUACUCUGAUACCACUCCAGAUCAUGCACUUUCCCCGUGUUGGCAUCACCCUUCUCCGCUUCCCGGUUAUUCCAGUGCCUGCCUUCCCCCCGUUUCUGGUGAGACACAAGGUGUCUGUUGGGCUUGUCCCUAGUCCUAGAGGAUGUUGCUCAUCUGCAUCCCUCACUCCACCCAUUCACUUGCAAUAGGGGACUUCUCAGCUUCUUUCUCCCCAAAACGUUGGGUUAUACCACUGUGAACUCUUCAGACCACUGGGGGAGGGGGAAACUGUUCUAACCAAACCGAGAGCUGUGUGUUGGUGACGCGGUG